GACUGAAUAUAGAAUAAAUGAUAAUCAAAUCAGUAUAUCCGUUACAAGUGUAACAUAAUUUUCAGUUUUAUGAUCAAGUUUGAAUAAUGCUUACGGUCCUCUAAAAUUAAAUAAUAAAUUGUGAAAAAUGGCUGAUUUUGAAAAAGUUGCCGUGGAAUCAAAAAGGAAUGAGGCUGAGAAACCUACAAAUACCUUAUUGUUAGAACGAAAGGAUAAGUUCGUUUUCGACCAAUGCUGUUUCUGUGUACCACUGAUAACUGGAUGUCUUGUACUUGCCUAUUUGUUCCUGGUAGGCACCGUUGUGAUCGGCAUCUUUUCUAUUUAUGCUGUAUAUGGCAUUGUGAACAUCAUGCCACUCGUUACGGGUGAAGCCCAUCAUAUCGUCAUAGCAGUUCUGGUGUUAAACGCUGUCACCUUGGUUCUAGCUCUAAUUUCAAUACCAUUUAACCUACUCCUCCUCUUCGGGCUGCAUAAAGAACGACGCAGCUUCCUGAAAGUCUACCUCAUGUUUCAGUUGGCCUAUUUAAUAAUAAGCGAACUUCAGAAUAUUGUCACAUUCUCUUUGGGGUUCGCGAACAUUGUGGCAAUUGUUAUUUCUCUGGCUGGUCUUGUGUUCAACAUCUAUUAUAUUCUGGUGAUAAGGAGCCAGUACAUAAGGAUGGGAACCGCCAGCAACCUGCCCAGACAGCUGUACCGUCAUGGCCAUGAAGACAAACCAUAAUGUUUAACUUGGUUAAAACCUACUGUAAUUACCUUAGGCUAUAGAGAUGAGUUUUGAUAAAAAAGAAAA